AUGCUUCCCCUGUUGCGCAGCGUCCCCCGCGCCCUGGGCCACGCCGUCGCCGGUCUUCGUGCCGCCGCGCCCGCCUCUCCGCUCCGGCAGCUGCUGCAGCCCGCGCCGCGGCCGUGCGCACGGCCCUUCGGGCUGCUCAGCAUUAAUUGGCUUUUCUUUUUCUGUAUCAACUGGCUUUUCCUUCUAGGAGACAAAGCUUUUGUUGAAUUCCUGAGUGAUGAGAUUAAGGAGGAAAAGAAAAUCCAGAAGCAUAAGUCCCUCCCCAAGAUGUCUGGAGGUUGGGAGCUGGAAGUGAAUGGGACAGAAGCUAAAUUAGUGCGGAAAGUUGCUGGGGAAAAGAUCACAGUCACUUUCAACAUUAACAAUAGUAUCCCACCAACAUUUGAUGGUGAGGAGUCGUCCUCACAAGGGCAGAAGGUUGAAGAACAGGAGCCUGAGUUGACAUCAACUCCCAAUUUUGUGGUUGAAGUUAUAAAGAAGGAUGGCAAGAAGGCGCUUGUGUUGGACUGUCACUAUCCAGAGGAUGAGGUUGGACAAGAGGAGGAGGCUGAGAGUGACAUUUUCUCUAUCAAGGAAGUUAGCUUUCAGUCCACCGAUGAGUCUGAAUGGAAGGACACAAAUUAUACACUCAACACAGACUCCCUGGACUGGGCCUUGUAUGACCACCUAAUGGAUUUCCUUGCGGACCGAGGGGUGGACAACACGUUUGCGGAUGAGUUGGUGGAACUCAGUACAGCCCUGGAGCACCAGGAGUACAUUACUUUUCUUGAAGACCUCAAAGGUUUUGUUAAGAGCCAAUAGAGCAGGCAGUGAAAAGCCUUGAUUUUAUGGCAGGCUUUCGCCAGUGAACAAAACCUGCUCUGAAGUCAGACACAUAAUGCUUUGAAAUGGUUAUCAUCCUAACAUCAUGGGAAAAAUACCAGAUUUAAAUUAUUUCUGCUGCAGUCAUUUACUAUUCAUUUGCUUUUUCUGUACAAAUCUCUUCUAGGUUUUUGUAUAAUAUAAUGAUGGACAAUAAAAUUGGUUUGUCUCCCCCAA